AUGGCAGUUCGCUCACCUCGAAGCCUUCUGAAAAGGCUCAUUGCGCUUCUACUGCUCAUGUCCUUUGUGGCCUCCACUGCAGCGGCCCUUAGCAUCGUCGAAGCCUCGAUCGAAGAAUUGCAAGAUGCCCUAAGCUCAGGUCAAAUCAACGCCGUGCAACUCCUCGCCAAGCACCUCCAUCGCGUUGCGCGUCUGGACCGACGAGGGCCUCGCCUCAAUGCGAUUCCAGUCAUCAACACCCACGUCUUCGAGGAUGCCCAAGCAUCCGAUGAGUAUCGCGCCUCGCACAACGGCACUAUCCGCUCUCUGGUCGAAGGGAUCCCCUUCACUGCCAAGGAUAGCUACAUGAUCAAGGGCCUCCCCGUAGCAGCAGGCUCACCGGCAUUCCAGAACCUUACUGCAGGCCAUGAUGCCUUCACAGUCGGCGCCCUCCGCGCCGCUGGCGCCAUUCCUCUCGGGAAGACAAAUAUGCCACCAAUGGCAAACGGGGGCAUGCAGCGCGGGCUAUACGGCCGCGCUGAAAGCCCGUACAACGCAUCAUACCUGGCGGCAGCUAUGGGGUCUGGCUCGUCCAACGGAUGCGGUGUCUCGACGGCAGCGAGCAUGGCAGUGUUUGGUCUGGCCGAGGAAACCGUCUCGUCUGGCCGAUCGCCGGCUUCGAAUAAUGGUCUUGUAGCGUAUACCCCGUCGCGUGGGAUUCUGUCUAUCCGCGGGAACUGGCCUCUGACUGCAUCCGCGGAUGUAGUUGUUCCCCAUGCGCGAUCCGUGAGGGAUUUGCUGGCUAUCUUGGAUGUUAUUGCCGCCAGCGAUGCAGAUACCAAGGGUGAUUUCUGGAGGAACCAGCCUUUUGUCUCUCUACCGAGCCCGGAGAGCAUCCGGCCAUCCUCGUUGAUGGGGGUGGCUAAUACGAGCUCGCUAUCCGGGAAGCGCAUCGGGAUUCCUCGCAUGUUUAUCGGCCAAGGCGACCCGGCUGCGCAGCCCGUCUACAUGAGCCCGUCGGUGCGAUCGCUCUAUGACAAUGCCCGGCUCACUCUCGAACGCCUCGGCGCGAUCAUCGAGGAAGUGGAAUUCCCCCUCGUCACAAACCACGAGGUCGCUCCAGUAGUAAACGAGGUCGGCAGCGAAUAUCCUCUCCCGUCAUACUUCAACGGCAGCUCGAGCCCCGGCGAUAUGGACGCAUACGCCUGGGACGACUUCCUCAUAAUGGUCAACGACACCAGCAGCGUUACGACUCUCGCCGACGUCGACCCCGCACUAAUCUUUCCCCAACUCCCGGGGACGCUCCCAGACCGCUACGGCAAUAGGUUCGGGAACCGCACCAGCAGCAACACCAACUACGUCAACGCCGUCAAGUCGCGGACAGGACCCAUCAACGAGAUUCCUGGUCUCGGGCCCUGGUUAUCGUCCCUCGAGGCUCGACGCAAAUGCGAUCUCGAAGCUUGGAUGGAGCGCAGAGGACUCGAUCUGCUUGCAUGGCCAACCAAUGGGGACGUCGGACGCGAAGCCGCCGAGACCGAUGUCGACGCAGCGAUUCCAACGUGGUGGAAUGGCGUCGCCAGGUCCUUUGGGAACUUUGCCAUCCGGCAGCUCGGCGUCCCGACUGUUACGGUGACGAUGGGUGCGAUGGAGGAUACGAACAUGCCUGUUGGUAUAACCUUUGCAUCCAAGGCUUAUGAUGACUUUGCGUUGAUGAGCUAUGCAUAUGCUUUCGAGCAGGCGCAUCCGGAGGGACGAUUUGCUCCGCCGCGUGCGCCUACGCUCGAGACUGAUGUAAUUCCGCCGCUGCGCCGCGAGAAGCCGGCGAAAUUCCCGAAGAGCAAAGCGCCAGCACUGGAAGUUCACGUCGAGAGACCACGCCCGGACACGGUGCUCAUUCGCGGUGCUGUGAGAAUGGCGGGCACAUGUGGGCCUCUUGAAUAUAACCUUGAGGUCUAUGUUGAUGGGCUCCCAGUUGGGCCUGUGGUGCGACACGGCAGCCACUGGAGUGUCACUGCGAGCAUCAGUCUGCCGUUCCAGGGGGGUUCUCCCUUUAGAGAGAUCAAUGUGCCAGAUGCGAGCCUUGCGAUGGUUGUUGUUGUUGCGACGACACCGAAUGGGCGCUCGGCUGGGAAGCUGUUGUUUAUUUGA